AUGCGGAACCUUAUGGCCAGUAAAACAAUAAGAAAAAAAACUCUUUCUGGCAAAGGCAAACUUACUGGCAAACUGAUUGAUCAAUUAACGAUUUAUUACGGCCUGGCUAUAAGAAGAAACUGUGAUUCGAUACAAAAUUUGAAAAGCGCUAUAUGGACAACGCAUUUUCACUAUAACUUCACAGACAAAAAUUUACAGCACAAUAAAUGUCCAAACAGCCCUGAUUCAUGGUGCACUUGGCAGCGUGCCUCAGUUACGAACACACAUUCAUCAUUCAAACACGAUUACGAUCCAUUACCAAGUGACGUUUCUGCAGCUAUCAAGCCCAUUUAUGAAGAGCUCAGCAAAGAAAAGCUUUUGGAGCAUUGUAUUGGUGGCUUUACGCAGAACAACAAUGAAAGUUUGAACCAGUUAAUUUGGAAAAUUACUUCAAAAAUACUUCCUGCUGGUUCAGAAAUAGUUGAGAUUGCUGAAUUUGUCGCUGCAGACCGAAGAUGCGCAGCUGGAAUUACUUUUUUGGUGGUGCCUGAUUCUGCCAUGUCUUACGACGCCAUCAUCGGAGAAGACAUAUUGGGCCACGAGAAGCUCUACAUAAAAAAGGUCCACAGGGAGAAGAGGUUACUACAUUAUCCGACGGAACGGUCAGCUGGAGCAAAGGAGCCGGUCGGAGGUGCAACCUGGUCGAGGAUCUACCCCCUGAAAUCAGUCAGUCCCAUGGGACUCUGUUGCAGCAGUAUGAACCGAUGGUUACAGAGGAUUAUAAACUCCGUAGCCCGCAGUUGUAUGCAAUAUAGAAAAACAAGAAAACGAGAAAAUAAAAUACUGAAUGAAAAUCGUCAAAAAAAUAUUGCAGCGGGUUUUACCAUGCCAAAAGGAAUUACAAAAAAACAAAUGAAAAGAAAAGUUAUAUCUUUAGAAAGCAAAAUUAAAAUUUUGGAUCGUCUACAUAAUGGAGAAAGAGUAAUAGAUGUUGCUAAAUUUUAUUCUAUGAAUGAAGCCACAAUAAGGACAAUAAGAAAAAAUGAAGACUCCAUUAGAAAAAGUGUAGCAGCUGGAUCUUCUACGAGUAUGAGCACAACUACAUACAUUUAUGAAAAAAUUAAGAAUCAGUUACCAUCUACUUCUUCAGCUGAAAAGAACGUAUCUUUUUCUGCAAGCCAUGGUUGGUUUGAAAGAUUUAAACGAAGACAUUCUUUACAUAAUCUAAGAUUGAAGGGUGAACAAGCAUCUGCUGAUUCAGAUGCAGCGCAACAAUAUCCGGCAAAAUUUGCUGAAAUUAUAGCCGUUAAUUCCUACAUUCCUGACCAGGUCUUCAAUGCUGAUGAAUCCGGGUUAUUUUGGAAAAAAAUGCCAGAAAGAACCUAUUUGGCUAAAGCUCACAAAUCAGCUAGUGGUCAUAAAGCAGCGAAAAGUCGUAUAACAGUUCUUUUCUGCUGCAACGCUUCAGGCGAUCAUGUAAUGAAACCAUUGGUUAUUAACAAAUCGAAAACGCCACGCUCAUUUAAAGGAAUAAAGAUCAACAACCUUCCCGUUUAUUGGAUGGCCAAUAAGAAGGCCUGGGUUACUGCCACACUUUUCAAUGAAUGGUUUCAUAACUUUUUUGUCCCAGACGUCAAAAGGUAUUUAAGUAAAAAGGGGUUGCCUUUUAAGGCCCUUCUUUUAAUUGAUAAUGCACCAGGCCAUCCUCAAGAUUUACAUCACGAAAAUGUGCAAGUUGUAUUUUUACCUAAGAAUACGACUUCUUUAUUGCAGCCGUUAGAUCAAGGGAUAAUUUCGACCUUUAAGGCACAGUACAUCAAGCGAACCUUCAGGUAUAUUUUAGAACAAAUGGAAAAUGAUGAAUGGAAAUGCAUUAAUGAUAUGGCUAGAAGACACCACUCAAAAGCGGAUUCCAAUUGA